AGCUGACACAGAUUAAGGGAAAUAGCAAAGAGAAGAGCAGAGGUGCUUCUCUAGGGGGCAUCUUGCGACUACAAUGGCUGAGGAAGAAGAGGAAUCUUUAAAUAUCAAGAGGUCGUGGGAAAGGGCAAAAGUGAAGCACAGUACUCCCGCAGAGGUGUCUCCACUCUCUCAGAAUGCGCUGGGUGUAUCUCCCAUACCACAGAAGACACCUAGAAGCGCCCACUUCUUUGAGGGGCAGCCUCCGCAGUCCAGGGUUCAAAGCUCUCUGCAUCUGCUCCAGAGAUCUCUUUCCGUGGUAUCUGAUCGCAGCCAAGAGCUUCACUCUGGCUCCCGGUUCACCUUUCCCACAAGGCGGCUUUCGACUAUAACAGACUCAGAGGAAUCUCCUGAAACUCUGCCCCAAACCGUUCCUGAGGAGUCAGAUUGGGAAACCAGAAAUCUGAGGAGAUCUCAGAGAAAAAGUCAGAAGGUGAAAAUGGAACAAGAGCCCAAGGGUCCGGAAAGGCCAGCUUCCAGACGCUCAACUGUCAAAAGCAAAACCGAAAGGAAUCUACAGAAGCAACUUGUGGAAAGAAGAGUAAGAGCGUGGGAGUUGCGUCAGCUGAUCAACAUUGAAGAAGCAGUGACACAUGAGCUGAUCGUCGACAAAGCCUGAGUGUGGAAAUCAACAACUCCUGCCUCUUGUGGCCAUUUGGGACGGUGGCUGAAAACGGGGAAGGAAGAUGGAUGGAAAGAACUAGAUUUCCUGAUCCUGCACGACAGAGAAGGUCUUCCAGCCACAUACUCUGAGCGGCAGUAUCCUCAGCCUCUUUGACAUUAAUAAAAGGGACAGCAGCA